CCUAAAAAAAAAACUAAAAGGGACACAGAAUUCAGAUUCCUGGGCUGCUGCCACAAUAACAAUAGUAAUGAUAAGAAAGGAAAACACUGAAGCCUCAGCUUAUAUUUUGAAACAGAAAGACCGACGGCUGGAUGAAGUCGCCGAGCUCAAGAGACAGAUCGACUCCCAGACGGAAUCGUACGGAUCUGUCCUCUCCGAAAAGGAUUCGGAGCUUCAGCGAUGUCAGGGCGCCGCUAACCUCCUAAGGGCCCACGGUGAGAGUCUGGGGGCCGAGCGGCAGCUGCUGGCCCAAAUCACGGAAGUAACGGCCCAGACGAUGAAUCGCUUGGCAGGAAUCCACGAGCAAUCGAGGAUUUCUAUACAGCGCUCGGAUCGCGUUAUCGGGGAACUGUGCGAGCGAACAAACGGCAAUAUUCUUCAGGUGCAGCAACUAAUAAGACGCCGUGAAAAGCUGGACGAAGAAGACCGGAACUUCCGAAGGUUCCUUGAUGCCCAAGUAGAGGCAUGGCAGACAAGACUGGAACCUAUAGAUAAGACGCUGGAAGAAUAUGGCAGAACGGUGAGAAGUUUGGAAGAUGAGCUUAAAAUCACUGGAAAGGAAGAAGACGAUCUCCGGCAGGUAACUUCAGAAGACUUUCUCACUAGAGACCUCCUUGGUUGCCCCUCUCAUAUAAUAAGCUAG